GCGGCCGGCGGCAGUGCGCGCCCGAGCGUCCCCGGCGCCGCAGUCACGCACCGCGCCCGCCCGCGCCCCGCGCCCCGCCGGCACCACCAGCCCAGGCCAACACACCCCCACGCAACACCACUCAUCUCAUCCACAUCACGUGGAAUCGAUAGCAGCUCCCCUCCUCAAGGUCGCGCGGGAGGUAAACACCUUCCUUCAUUCAUCAUUUUAAACAACUUACAUUGAUAAGGAAGCGGCGACAAGUGGAGAGUCCCUCAAGUUAUUAGUGAAAUAGUGUGACAAGGAAUAUGCUGUGAACGAUAAUAACUGUGACAACGAUUAGUGUAAGUGCAUGACGACCGGUGACCCAUUUUCGCAAGACAUUCGACAAUCGGACAAGCUUUGGCAAUAGAUAAUCUCUAGUGGAUCGGGCGCGGGCCCCCGAGCCUCGUGACACUUGCAAAGCCUCCUCGCCACACCCGCCACCAUUCCACAACAAGAGCUGAGCCCGGGCGCCGCGAGGAUGCGGCGGAGGCGCGUGCAGCGAUGAGCUAGCGGCAUGGUCGGCGAGGGGGCGGGCCGGGGCGCCGCGCGCUGCCUGCAGCAGGGGGACUCGCCCCCGCGCUUGCCCAUGGGCUUCGCGGCGCCGGCGCACGAUGCGUCGCUGGGCCUGGCGCCCGUGCCCGCGCCCGCGCCCGCGACGCCGCAAGCGCUGCAGCGGGCGCACUCCAGGUCGAUGUCGUCGCUACCACCGGAGCCAUUCAUGAUGCUGCGCUCGAAGGCGCUCAGCAAGCGCGUCAUCAUCAACGUGGGCGGCGUCCGGCACGAGGUGCUGUGGCGCACGCUGGAGCGCCUGCCGCACACGCGCCUCGGUCGCCUGCGCGACUGCAACACGCACGACGCCAUCGUCGAGAUCUGCGACGACUACUCGCUCCAAGACAACGAGUAUUUCUUCGACAGGCACCCGAAGAGCUUCAGCUCCAUCCUCAACUUCUACCGCACGGGCAAGCUGCACUUGGUCGACGAGAUGUGCGUGUUAGCCUUCAGCGACGACCUGGAGUACUGGGGCGUGGACGAGCUGUACCUCGAGUCGUGCUGCCAACAUAAGUACCAUCAGCGGAAGGAGCAUGUCCACGAGGAGAUGCGCAAAGAGGCUGAGAGCUUGCGUCAGCGAGAGGAGGAGGAGUUCGGCCAGGGCACCUGCGCGCAGUACCAGAAGUGGCUGUGGGACCUGCUCGAGAAGCCCACCACCAGCAUCGCCGCCCGGGUGAUCGCCGUGAUCUCGAUCCUCUUCAUCGUGCUGUCCACGAUAGGGCUGACGCUGAACACGAUACCGCAGAUGCAAGUGUACGACGAGAAGGGCGCGCCCAUGGACAACCCGCAGCUGGCCAUGGUGGAGGCCGUGUGCAUCACGUGGUUCACGCUCGAGUACGUGCUGCGCUUCAGCGCCUCGCCCGACAAGUGGAAGUUUUUCAAAGGUGGACUAAACGUGAUAGACUUAUUGGCCAUCCUGCCGUAUUUCGUAUCUCUCUUCCUUCUCGAGACUAACAAAAACGCGACGGACCAGUUCCAAGACGUGCGGCGGGUGGUGCAGAUCUUCCGCAUCAUGCGGAUCCUGCGCAUCCUCAAGCUGGCGCGGCACUCCACCGGCCUGCAGUCGCUCGGCUUCACUCUGCGCAACUCUUACAAGGAGCUCGGCUUGCUCAUGCUCUUCCUCGCGAUGGGAGUACUCAUAUUCUCCUCCUUGGCCUACUUCGCCGAGAAGGAAGAGCCGGGAACUAAAUUUAUUUCCAUUCCGGAAACGUUCUGGUGGGCCGGCAUCACCAUGACCACUGUCGGAUACGGUGACAUUUACCCCACGACUCCGUUGGGCAAGGUCAUCGGCUCAGUUUGCUGUAUUUGCGGCGUGCUGGUAAUUGCGUUGCCCAUCCCAAUUAUCGUCAACAAUUUCGCCGAGUUUUACAAGAACCAGAUGCGGCGCGAGAAGGCGCUGAAGCGGCGCGAAGCUCUGGAGCGCGCCAAGCGGGAGGGCUCCAUCGUGAGCUUCCACCACAUCAACCUGCGCGACGCCUUCGCCAAGAGCAUGGACCUCAUCGACGUCAUCGUGGACACAGGACAUCAGAUGUCGCAAGGAGACGCCACGAGUCUGGAGGGCGAGGCGCCGGCCGUGUCCGGCUGCUACCGGCAGUUCGAGCACUCCAUCCCCGCACGGGACACCGACCUGCCCGAGACCAAUCAGUUUCAGACGAGUCCUCUGAAAGAGCGACGCUACUCCAUCGAAGGCCAAGACUCGCCCGAGAAGCGCCUACUGAUCAACCCAGAGCCGACGCCUGAAAAGAAGACGGUUGAGAAACAGCUUGACUUGGAUCAGCUGCCUUCUGAGUUUGAGUGUUGUUUUUGCACGUUUAAGGGGUACAAGGAGUUCAUAGAUGCGGAGCAGCUGAUGCCGAUGGCCACGUCGGACCUGCGCCAGCCGGUGUGCGUGGAGCUGGCCUGUCUGCAGCGGCACCCCGCGCCCCGCGCACUCCCCGAGGCCACCCCCAACAGUCUCGACAGCCCUGAUACAUUUGCAUCAUGCCUUACGCACCCUUUUCCUUCAGAGGGCGACAUCGCAUGCGACAACGACUCCUCAAACUUGUAUGUGAAUCCCCUGGACGGUAGCGGCACGGGCGGCGGCAGUGGCGGGGGCGGCAGUGGAGGGGGCGGCAGUGGCGGGGGCGGGAGUGGCGCCAGUGCCGAGUAUAAGGGUGUGAGGAAGAGUGCGUCGGGGGACGGUAACGUGUUGUGCGCGGGGGCGGGGGCGGGGUCGCGGGGCAGCCUGGCGCCGCGCUCGCUGGACGCGGCGCGCGGGCCGGCGGCGCGGGCCCUCGACGCCUCCCGCUCGAGCCUGCCGCAGCCGUUGGAGGAGCCUGCGCCCGACGACAGACCCAAGCACAGGAAGGCUCGCUUCCAACAGGAGACGACGGAGGAGGAGAAGAAACCCCCUCGUGGGAUAGCCACGAGGAUCAUCAACCAUCACAUCCUUUUUGGUAAGAACGGGAGCAAGCGAGAGGGCGAGUCCCGCGCCCGCUCCAUCCUCAAGAACAAGGAGCGCGGCACUGACAGCGAGCUGCUCAUACAGGAGACCACCUCGCAGGGAGCUAAUGGAGAUUCCGGCAGCGAGUCGUCUCCGAUCCGGCUGAAGGACUUCAACAGGAACCCGGGACAGAAUCACCGGGGGGGCGGCGGCGAGCGGGACCUGGUCGCCUAGCCGCCCCCGCGCCGCGUGGCGUCCGCGCCCCCGUGACGUCAGCGCCCCCGUGAUGUUAGCGCCCCCGUGACGUCACUACACACUAGGGACCUGGUUGCCUAAGCGAACCUGCCUCGUGCCGUCAACGCCCCCGCACCGUGCGGCGUCAGCGCCCCUGUCGCUUAGGCGCCCCCGCGUGACGUCAGCGACCCCGUGACGUCACCACACACUAGCUAUUACUUCUAGCGCGCAAUAAUAACAUUAAUUAAAUAAUUUUAACAUAUCAUUGGGCGAUUGUGAAAGCUUGUUGUUGAAUAUAGACGAUUUUCAUUUCGUAGGAUUAAAAAUACAACUAUAAAUAAUGUAAAAAAAAUCAAUUACAUCAUAAAUUAUAAUUUAUAAUGUAAUAAUCGUUCAUUCCAAUCGAAAAGUUGAAAGUAAACUAUUUGUUAAGUUUUUUUACGUGCAAUUAUUAAUUGCUAAUUCUAAUUUUAAGCGAUAUAGUUUGUACAGCAUAGUUGAUGAUAAAGAAAGCAAUUAUUAAAGAUUUUGCGAAAUUGUUAUGAAUUUGUCUCUUUGAUUUCCCUGUGUGUGGGCGGGUACCUAGUUAUAAGUAAGUACUUUUAAGAAAAUCCAAAUCCAUUUAGUCAACAAUGAUAUUUAUUAGAACUAUUUUUUCAUAAUAUUAAAAGUAUAGAAAUAUAACAUAAUAUAAACAUCAUUUGAUAGGUGCUAUGAGUGUCGUUGAAAUUAUAAAAGCCUCAAGUAGGUAGUUUAUCGAAAAAUACAAUCACACAAUCUCAGUACCUUAGUACCUAACCACAAACAUAAGAAUACUUCUGAUAAAAUGGACUCAACUGAUAGAUUAUCACAUUUAAAACGAAAUAUAUUUUU